AACAUUAGAAGAAGAGUUUAAGCAGGGAAACGGAAAUGUCAGCCGAAUGACUGCUUAAUGUCUCCACUUUAAAAUUUAGGAUGGAAUGCUAAUCUAGAGAAGAAAACGGUCAUAUAACGUCGUCAAAGAGAAAGCUGCGAAUAUGACAAAUGUGUACUCAUUCGAUGGCAUCCUGGUCUUUGGGCUGCUAUUUAUCUGCACUUGUGCAUACCUCAAAAAGGUGCCUCGCCUCAACAGCUGGCUGCUGUCAGAGAAGAAAGGAGUAUGGGGUGUCUUCUACAAAGCUGCAGUAAUUGGGACAAGGCUUCACAUCGCUGUGGCAGCUUCAUGCCUGGCCAUGGCCUUCUAUGUUAUCUUCUUAAAAUGAUGGUCAGGCUGGACUGGAAGGGACAGACUUUUCAGGGAGGGGGUGGCCUCAUCUCUGCGGUCACAUGUUAAUCCUUGUUGUUGGGACACCUCUUGGAUUCUAUGACUGAUGAAACCCCGCCGGACCUUUGAACCCAUGUGACAGUGAAGCCAGUGCUGCCCCCUUCUGAUGACUGGAAACACAGCUUCUUCCUUAAUAAUAAUAUGUAUGCACUACAGAUAUGAACUACUCCACAGUUAUUACAGAGCAGAAAGGGUGCUGGGUCACAUGGUAACAUUCUGUUGUUGGGUAGUACUGUCUGGUGUCUCCAUCCACCCCGUGUAAUAAUUAAUACUGAAGGAUGCAGAAGAUUGAAGGGCUGUGUGUGCAUUAUAAUUUACACCUGUGUACAACUUAAAAAAUAGCCUACCUGUAUAUAUUUGGUAAUAAAAAAAAUGCCAGUAGAUAUUUGCUAGAGGUUACGUGUGAUCAAAGUGAAAAUGAGCAAUUCUGCUCGUGCCCAGCGACACCUUUUUUUUUUUCUUUUUUUUUCUGUCAGUGGUGGAGGGAAAAAUAGACAAAGCUAAUAUAUAAAGAUGUCCAUGUAUACACUUUUAUUUCCAUUUUUGGAUCUCUUAUGUUAACAUUUUUUAGCUUACAAAACUACACAUUUUACAUAGGUGUAUGUUGUAUAUACUUUAUCAAAAUGUGUACUGGAUAACAUGUUUUAAAUGUCACACAUUAGACUGUAAUUAAAGUUCUAGCAAAACUUUAGAGAGAGAAGAGUAGUACCUGCAACAGAUGAGGCAUAUCUCAACAUUUUGUGAAAUAUUUAGCUGUGUCAUACUUGCCUGAAGAAUUCAAAACAAUGCCAACUAGGGAUGGUGCUUCUCAUGCCAUUUUAAAUGUACACUGCUAUUCUGACUUUAAUUCUGUCACCUUAUUUGUAUUCUCAAAAGAAGAAAUUGUUUUCAGAGGGAAUGCAAUGCAAUUUUAAGUAAAAUGUUGGUCAUACAAUUUCUAUGUAUUGUUUUUAAAAAGCAAUCAGCACUCACUAUCCACUUUAUAGAUAUUUUAGAUAUACCCGUUCAACUGCUCAUUAAUGUGAAUUUCAGAAGCUGCUGAUUUACUGGGAUUUUUCUGCACAACCAUCUCUAGAGUUUACAGAGAAUGGUCUGGAAAAAGAGAAAAUAUCCAGUGUGCAGCUGUUCUGUGGGUGAAAGUGUGUUGUUGAUGUCAGAGAAGAAUGACCAGACCAAAUGUAUAUUUUUUAAAAGCAACUGUUGCUGACCACGUCCACCCUUUUAUGACCAAUAUACCCAUCUUUUGAUGGCUUCUUCCAGCGGGAUAACACAUUAUGUCACAAAGCUCAAAUGAUCUCAUACUAGUUUCUUGAACAUGACAAUGAGGUCACUGUCUUCAAAUGGCCUCCACAGUCUCCAGAUCUUACUCCAACAGAACACCUUUGGGAUGUGGUAGAAUGGGAAAUUUGCAUCAUGGAUGUGCAGCUGACAAAUGUCGACCAAAAUCUCUAAGGAAAGUUUUCAAAUACUUCUUGAAUCUGUAUGGUGAAGCACUAAGGCAGAUAAGAAAGCAAAAAGGGUGUCCAACCCAGUAGUAGCAAGGUGUACCUAAUAAAGUGACCAGUGAGGAUAUAAAAUGAAUUCCUCUCAGUCCCUUUGGAGUUUGUUUUUUGUUAUUGAGAUGCAGUUGGAGAUUACAUCACCUUUGCACAUCUUGC